AUGCAAGUCCAUCGAAGUGUGUAUAACUCCUUUCAUCGCGGCACUGGUUGUUUCAAAUGGCACGUCGCAGCCACAUGGGAUCACCCUUUGAAUAGUGACUUUUUAUUCAAGGUUGUUACUAAGAUAAUGAACGAUUAUCGUAAUCCCAAGCGCUCCGUUAAUCGCACAGGAACUUUGGUACAUUCUACAAUGGGUCUUCGUUACCGCUUUGUAUUCAAACUCUACUCAACUGGAGUGGUUUUGUUCAUGAUAAUGGAAGAACCCACCGCGUCUAGAGUCGCGGACCUGUCUUCAACGUUGGCUUUGAUACGCUUAGCCGAGAAAUGA